AUGGAUGCCCGAUUGGAGCGCACCGAUGGAGACGGAAGGCAUCGCCGACGGGCGAACGCUUUCCACCUUGUUCAUUGUAACAAAAAUCGGGAGUUACUGCCUCACAGCGAGUUCGCGACGAAUUGGAGAGACUGCGCCGGAUUUGGGGUGCUAUGUGAGAUGCAGGGUCAGGUGAGCCGUGGACGACUUUCAAACCAAUUUUGCAGCUUCAACAAAAAUCUGAACUCCGGCAAGGUACUGGAAUACGAGGUGCUCCCAUUGCCGACGAGGACGAUCGAAAUGGAUUGGAUUGGAUAUCUUAUCAAGUUCCACGCCCUGUUCCAAGUCGUUCGCCACGGACCGCACGGACUCGAGCUCCGGAAUCCGAUUUUGGGAAUGUAUGUGGACGAGAAGCAAAGGCUUGGCGACCCGGAAAUCGGGAGUUUGGUUGAACUCGCCAUAAUGCACCACAAGGACAAGGAGACCGGGAAAACCGCGUGGCGGUUGAGUGCGCAUUAUGUGCUUGAGAGGAAGGAUGCGGAGGAAUUUUUAGAUGAGUUUGAACCGAUUGAGGUGGAGGACAAAAUCGAGCUUCAGACCGGGGUGCAAGAAAACUUGGAGCCAUCCAUCGGCGUCCAUCAAAACCGUCAACUUCGCGAGGAAUCUAACCGCCGAGCUCCGGAAAUCACCGACGCUUUGCUCGACCGACUGGCUCGCCAAGGUCUCGAA